CCGUCUCAAGGCCUGCGCGAGAGAAGGGAGUGUUUUCCCAUCAGGGACAGAAACUCUAGUAGUCAGUUAUUUAUACCAGAACUUUAUUAGUUAUAUUUUAGACAGGCAGAUUAAAACACCGGACACAGUUCUGUUUUGUCGUAGGAAUAAGAGUAGUUCGUUCACUCUGGUUGCUGUUGUUGUUGUUUCUCGUCAGACGACAACGGGCUAGCCUCAUUAGCCCAGUUAGCUCGCUAGCCGGAGAACGGAGAGUUCAUAAUGCCCACACUGCGGGACAGCACCAUGUCCCACCCCGGAGAAAACCCGCACCAGGUCCGGGUCAAAGCCUACUAUAGAGGGGACAUCAUGAUCACACACUUCGAACCCUCCAUAUCCUAUGAGGGACUGUGCAGUGAGGUGCGGGACAUGUGUGCAAUGGACAAUGACCAGCUCUUCACCAUGAAGUGGAUAGAUGAAGAAGGGGAUCCAUGCACAGUUUCUUCUCAGCUGGAGCUGGAGGAGGCCUUGCGUCUCUACGAACUCAACAAAGACUCAGAGCUCAUUAUUCAUGUGUUUCCUUGUAUUCCUGAGAAACCUGGAAUGCCCUGUCCUGGAGAAGACAAAUCCAUAUACCGCCGUGGUGCUCGACGCUGGAGGAAACUCUACUAUGCCAACGGACAUGCAUUUCAGGCCAAACGUUUUAACAGGCGUGCUCAUUGUGCCAUUUGCACAGAUCGUAUCUGGGGUCUGGGCAGGCAGGGAUACAAGUGCAUAAACUGUAAACUGUUGGUCCAUAAGAAAUGCCAUAAAUUGGUCACAAUGGAAUGUGGGAGACAGGUAAUACAGGACCCAGUGAUCGGAAGAAUUGAUCCAGGGUCCACUCCAUCAGAACACACUGAUCAAGUUCUUGACAAAAAUAACUCCACAGAAAGCAUCAAUCAUGAGGGAGAGGAGCAUGAGGCUGUGGGCAGUCGGGAAUCAGGGAAGGCUGUGUCCAGUUUGGGUCUAUCAGACUUUGACCUGCUGAGGGUGAUCGGCCGAGGCAGCUAUGCCAAGGUGCUACUGGUGCGUCUGAAAAAGACAGAACGCAUCUAUGCCAUGAAGGUGGUGAAGAAGGAGCUGGUGAACGAUGACGAGGAUAUUGACUGGGUCCAAACAGAAAAGCAUGUGUUUGAGCAGGCCUCCAACCAUCCUUUCCUAGUUGGACUUCACUCCUGCUUCCAGACCGAGAGCAGGCUAUUCUUUGUAAUCGAGUAUGUGAAUGGAGGGGAUCUAAUGUUCCAUAUGCAGCGACAGAGAAAACUUCCGGAAGAGCAUGCCAGGUUUUACUCAGCAGAGAUCAGCCUUGCCUUGAACUACCUCCACGAACGCGGCAUCAUCUACAGGGACCUGAAACUGGACAAUGUGCUGCUGGAGUCAGAGGGACACAUCAAACUCACUGAUUAUGGCAUGUGCAAGGAGGGACUGAGACCCGGAGACACAACCAGCACUUUCUGUGGAACCCCUAAUUAUAUCGCCCCUGAGAUUCUGAGAGGAGAAGACUAUGGUUUUAGUGUAGAUUGGUGGGCACUGGGCGUCCUUAUGUUUGAGAUGAUGGCUGGGAGGUCACCCUUUGACAUAGUUGGCAGCUCUGAUAACCCUGACCAAAACACAGAAGAUUACCUUUUCCAAGUCAUUUUGGAAAAGCAGAUCAGAAUUCCCAGAUCGCUAUCAGUUAAAGCUGCUAGUGUUCUGAAGGGAUUCCUCAACAAGGAGCCAAAGGAACGCCUAGGAUGUCAUCCUCAGACAGGCUUUGCAGACAUCAUGGGCCAUCCUUUUUUCAGAAAUGUAGACUGGGAUCUUAUGGAGCAGAAGCAAGUAGUUCCACCCUUCAAGCCCAAUAUUUCUGGCGAGUUUGGGCUGGAUAACUUUGAUGCCCAGUUCACCAAUGAGCCCAUUCAGCUCACGCCUGACGAUGAUGAUGUUGUAAAGAAGAUCGACCAGUCUGAGUUUGAAGGGUUUGAGUACAUCAACCCUCUGCUGAUGUCUGCGGAGGAGUGUGUGUGAACGCCCCGUCUGACGCUGUUACAUGCGUCUCAUGGCUGCCUUUUUUCAUUGUUACAUGGUCGCAAACAAACAAACGAAAGGAACAACUUGACGUCAUUUUGUUGGGACCAGUUGAAGCAUUAAUUUUGCCAAACCGCUUUCACUUUCUGCCAUUUGUAACCACUAGUCCUUAAGUCUAUUUUUUUCUUGAUUAUUUUUGUAUAAUGUAAAUCUACACUGAUAAAAGGAAAUUUAUCAGCCCCUUUGCGCAAUGACCAUCAUAGUUGGAAGGUCAAUUUUAGGUUACUGAAGAGAACGACUGUGAUGGUAUGCAGGAUGCAUCUCCUGGCUACUCCACUGAUGAUGUUUUGAUAUACAUUUUAUUUGUACAUAUUAAAGGAAAACCAUUGAGCAUAUAUAGUAAGAUAUUUUAAACUUUAUAUCAGAUUACAUUGGUUAAUCUUGGAAAAAUAAAUCUGAUUUCCUGCUCAAAUUUUCUUCUGCAAUAAGUGUAGAUUAAGGAAGAAAAACAACAUACUUGGUUUUAUAAUUUUUUUAUUAUUAUUAUUUAAGAAAAUUAUCUAUAUAGUAUGUGCACAGUGUAUUGAAUCCCCCCCAAAAAAAAAAAUCUCAAUAUUAAGAAUUGUUUAAAGAUGAUUAGUGAUUGAAAAUAUCAGUAGGUAUCAAACUUAUGAGAAUGGAGCAGGGAGCCCAGGAACACUAAUGGACAAUGUUGUAAAUACUGACAAACUAUGAAUGGAUUCUGUAUAGACAGGGCAAGGAUGGGAAAGAGUGUAGGACAGACAUAAAAUUCAACAGCUUGUUUGAACACAGGACCAAAAACAAGACACUAAAGCAAAGCAUGUUCCUGUCAGUGGUCUCAAUGUGAGGUAGAGGCAUAUAUUAAGUUUUUCUUACCUUUUCGUUUUACUUUUAUCUCUUGCUUUUUGUGGUAAAUUGUGAUGUAUUGCCUUUCUGUUUAUGAUAUUCUGUUUGUGUGCUUUUUUUUUUUUUUGAGCAUCAGUGGACGUGUGUUCAUUGUUUCUCAGUACAAUCACUGAGAAGCUUUUUUUUUUUCUUUUAGUCCCUUGGUGGAUUCCCAGUCAGAUGUGGCGUACUAAGAGGCCGUGGAUUGUGUUUACCCUUCACGGCCCUGUCGGUUGCACCCAGCUCUUUGGUGGUGUAUUUUGAAAACCAAUCAUGUCUGGACACAUUUUUUAUGUUCCAACAGAAGAAUCUUUGAUACUAAUGACCAAAUUAUGACAUACCUAAAUUAACACUCAUACACAACAAUGCCCUCGCUCAUUCCUUGCCAUGCAGAUAUCAUUGCGCUUAUAUUUUCACAGAUGUUCACACUGGUUUCGAGCUGUGAGGAGCUCGUUAGCAGCCUGGUGUUAGAAAUGACUAUAUCGCUUGAAGCCCUUAAUGCAUUCCCAGAAAAAAAAGAUGUUCUUAUAUGUUUUAAAGGAGCAUCAGUGGGCUAAGGUGGACCUGGAAAUUGUUUAUUUUAUUCUUUGUAUAAUAUGCACAUUGAAAAACACUAUCAACGGACUGGAAUAAACUGUACCUCUUUUUUUUGUUAACACAAAGUAUUUAAGGAAAGCUCUCAUUCCACGUUCAAAUGUGAAAGCAAUUUCGAAUUUGUCGUGAUUGGACAGUUCCCAUCUGACUUUAACUCUUGUUACUUGUUAAUUCAUUUUCUGUCCCAAAGGAAUGCAUAAACGAAUGACUGUUCUUAAAAAUAUUUGUGCAUAUUUUAUUAUUUGGUGAAACAUCUGUUAAAUAAAAAAACGAGAGGAAAUAAACUUUUGUUCUGUA